AUGAAAAAAUUCUCGCUGGUACUUGGGGGCUUGGGAGUGUUUGGUCUCGGAACUUACAUCACAACACAGGUUUAUAAAACGAGUAAAGAAUUGGAAAAAGUUAGAUCCAUACAAAAGGAAACGGGAAUUACGCAUCAUCAUGAACUUUCCGAUGAUAAUUGCAGUUGCAAUUAUAGUGUGGAUAAAACACGAGCAAUUUAUAAUAGAAUUUCUAAAAAUUAUGAUGAAAAAGUUGACUUUGAUGAAUGGCUUAUUGGAGUGACUGGUCUUCGGAAAAAACUCAUGCUUCACGUGGGAGGAAAUGUUUUGGAAGUAGCGGCGGGAAGUGGACGAAAUUUAACGGAAUAUGAAAAACGAAAAGACAACAUCGAACAUUUGACAUUGGCUGAUUAUUCUGGUGGAAUGUUAAAACAAGCAAAAGAAAAAUUAGGAAAAGAUUUUUCAAAACCUGAGAUUGUCUCUUUAAUUCCAAAGGUAGAUGCUCAUUCUUUACCUUUCAAAGAUAAUGAAUUCGAUUGUACAAUUGAUACCUUUGGCUUGUGCUCAUUUGAAGAUCCUGUUAAGGUUUUAAAAGAAAUGAAUCGAGUGACAAAACCAGGUGGUAAAAUUUUAUUAUUAGAACAUGGAAAAUCUAACAAGUAUCAAUGGUUGACAAAUUACUUAGAUGCCUGGAGUAUUGAAAGAGCUAAAAAGUGGGGCUGUUGGUGGAAUAGAGAUAUUGAGAAAAUUGUAAAAGAGUCUGGUUUGAAUGUUGUGAAGAAAGAGGUGUAUCAAUUGGGGACAUGUUAUUACUACAUUGCUCAAAAGAGAGUCUCAUCUUCAUCGACAACCUCAAAUACAUAG